AUGAAUGCUCAAAAUACAACACCGACUUAUAUCACUCCUGGUCCUACCCAUCCUGUUAACUAUGGUCCACCACCGCCACCACCACCACAUGAAAGUCGUAUUGAUAAAGCUUAUGUGACAUCGAUUCGCGGUAUUCUCAAAUUUGCUUGUCUGAUAUUUAGUUUCAUUGCAUUCAUUUGUGUCGUAUCGACACCACAAUGUAAUGGUAAUCAUGCAUUUCUUGCUUCAGUUACAUGGCUUGUUAUGAUAAUGCAAACUAUAAUUAUAAUUGCUUUUCUUUUUCGACUUAAGACAAAAUUUAUUGGUAUUGAUUUUGAGUUUUUGGAUUUUUUUGCAACAUCUCAUGAUGCACUUUAUCUUUUGAUUGCAUCAAGUGUAACUAUUCAUUAUUGUCGUCUUCCGGGACAAAUUGCUGGUGGAGUUAUGGGAAUUUUUGCAUUUAUAUUUUUGGCUGCUGAUGCUGUUGCUAUUUUCUUAGCUCGACGAGAUGAACCAGUUUCUAACAGCAAUGGUGUUCGAUAA